AUGGAUCUUUGGAUAUUUCCAUCCUCACUCCCAAACUUGUCAGAGUCUCUCAUGUAUGAAAGCUUUGUGCUGGGCAAUGAUUCAGAUGAGAGCUUAAGAAAUGCCACUGACCACAGCUUGACCAAGACCAGUACAGUGGUCAUCACUUUCAUUUACUUUGUAGUUUGUGCUGUAGGGCUUAGUGGCAAUGCUCUGGUUAUUUACGUCAUCUUGCGUUAUGCCAAGAUGAAGACAGUCACCAACAUUUACAUCCUUAAUUUGGCUGUGGCUGAUGUGCUUUUCAUGAUGAGCCUGCCCUUCAUUGCCAUCCAGUUAGCCCUGGUUCACUGGCCCUUUGGGGCAGUGCUGUGCCGUGUGGUCAUGACUGUGGACUCUCUCAAUCAGUUCACCAGCAUCUUCUGUUUGAUGGUAAUGAGCAUUGAUAGAUACUUGGCAGUGGUGCAUCCUAUCAAGUCCACAAAGUGGAGAAAGCCUCGAAUGGCCAAGACCAUCAACCUGGCAGUUUGGGGAGUCUCCUUGCUGGUAAACUUGCCCAUCAUCAUCUACAGCAGCUUGAUUACCAAGCCAGGUGGUCAUUUCUGCACCAUUGCGUGGCCUGAGCCACAGGAUUCCUAUUACACAGCCUUCAUAUUCUACACUUUCUUUCUGGGCUUCUUUCUGCCUUUAAUGGUCAUUUGCCUGUGCUACCUACUCAUCAUCAUCAAAGUAAAAUCAUCUGGGAUACGGGUGAGCUCCUCCAAGCGGAAGCGCUCAGAAAAGAAGGUGACACGCAUGGUGUCCAUUGUGGUGGCUGUGUUUGUGUUUUGCUGGCUUCCAUUUUAUGUCUUCAAUGUGACAUCUGUGACUGGCACCAUUAGCACUACACCCAUCUUGAGGAGCACCUUUGCCUUUGUGGUGGUGCUGGGAUAUGCUAAUAGCUGUGCCAAUCCUAUUCUAUAUGCCUUCUUGUCAGAGAAUUUCAAGAAGAGCUUCCAGAAUGUUCUGUGCCUGAAAAAAGUAGGCGGCCUGGAUGAGAUUGAUAAUAGUGACAGUAGGCAAGACAAGACACGGAUGAACCCUAGCGAAACUCAAAGCACACUACUGAAUGGAGACCUGCAGACCAGCAUCUGAGAGAGAGGAACAAAAUUCUUCUAAACCUUUAGACUUACAUAAGGUUAUUCUCCAGUCACUUGUGGAAGAAAGAGAUGGACAAAGACUUUAGAGAAAAAAAUAGC